UGUUUACAAAGACUCUCCAAGCAGGAGGAAAUCGCUCAGACCGAACAGCUCGAGCGGCGACGAGCACCGGGAACGAGCCGUUAUUCGGUACAUCUCGUCGCUCUAUUUGAUUUUAGUUUUGAUGGGUUAAAAUAACAAUAUAAUAAUAUAAUAUCGCAGACAAGCAGCCUGAAGACAAACCAAAACAUUAAUAAAUCAGGAAACUCGACAUGGAAUGACACGUCUUCACCGGAGCGGACUUUUACCAGGGUCUUGUGAUCCUUCGCCGGUUGUUUUGGAGCAUUUGUGUCCCUUCUGAUGUCCACCUCUGACGGCCGGUUCCUGACCUGCAGACAGCCUCACCACGGAGCGUCAGACAGCCCAAUCUACUACUGAGAUGGCCCGCGCAGAGACCAUCGAGAGCGUUGGGGAAACUGGAGGAAGAGGAGGAAACGAGCCUCUUCCCCAUCACCACACAUGCCGCAUGGAGCUGCCCCGCCCCUUCUACAGCUGUCCCGGCCUGCUCACCACUACCCCCUUCAGCUCUGGGACCGCCCCCGUACACAGCUGCCAGCACCACCACCACCUGCACCCUCUGCAGGCUCUGUACCCGCUGCCUUACCCCCAGCAGGAGGACCAGGACGAGACCCGGAACCACCAGCGGUCACCUGCGUUCUCGCCAUCACCUCCACGUUCUCCACUCUGCAAUCGGAGGGAAGGGAGGGGCGUCGGUGCCGCAGCUCCCAGUGCCUUCACAGGAGAGCAGUCAGACGAGCGCCGGGACGUUUCCAGCCGACAGGGGCCCCUGCCUGACCUGCUGCCCCAGAACGAGCUCUCAUCUCGGACUUCCCCGCGCCAGAGAGCCCCCCCCGGAGGAGGAGCCGCGCAAGAGGUGGAGGCCAGGGUGGUGGCCAGCCAGCUGAGGGCCAUCGGGGAUGAGUUUAACGCCAGAGUCUUCCACAGAGCGCACGUCCCCCCCCACUGGCAGGAGUGGAGGGACGCCUGCCGAGGACUCCUCAACUUCAUCACCCAGACGCUCAGCACUCUCUACAGGCUCACGUAGAGAGAGAGCCGCCUCGUCCGCUACGCCAGCCCAGACUUUACACAUCCGGGGGCCGACGGACUGCGGCUACUGCUGGUCGGACUGGUUGCUGUUCCUGGAAUCUGAAACAUUUUUCGCGGGGGACAAAGAAUUCGGGGGAAGCAACCCGAGGUGUCGGCUGGAUCAGGGCGCUGCCUGUGGAGACUGGACCACGUCUGUCUGUCUGUCAGUCGGUCUGCUGGUCCGGACUGCAGUCGACGGACAGACGGUCACUUUCCUACCAGUAUAUUUGAUCACAUCCACUUGCUUUUGCUGUCUUUGCCUCGGCUCUCAUCUCGUGUGUACGUGUGUGUGUGUGUGUGUGUGUGUGGCAGAUAUGGGUCAAACGAAUAAGUUGUGUUUACUGAGAUUUCAGUGCAAAAUGAGAAAAUACAGACACUUCAAACUCUCUAUCCCGUUUUAAAGUGACCUUUUUUUGGAAGUCUCCAUAAUCUUUUGGGAUCUUCUUCAUUCAGCUUUAAUAUCAGUCCCCAUUUUUUUGGGAGGAUGUCUUUUUUUAAAAUUUUUAAUUUAAACGGUCGAUCCGUCUCCGAUUCUUCCCUUUUUGAUUAUGUAAACUAACAAAAACAUGAUUUGACCUUCGUCUGACGUGCAACUGUCGUUUCUCUUUCUCACAUACUGUGAUACUAGAUGCAGCUUUUGCAUCGUAGGGAGAAAAAAAAAGAUAAAAGAAGGGUGUUGUAUCCCACAGGGGGAACUUCUCUCCCCUUCUGAGACGGCUUUGUUCCACAAUACGACGACGUGCCUUUUUCCACUCAGCGCACUGCUGAGGCGCUAAUCUCUGAAACUAGGACAGUCACACACACACACACACACACACACGCACACGCAGACUCUUCAAAAUGCUUUGUUUGCAGGUGUCAUUUGCAUUACAUUCAAAUGGUUUGAGGACGUUUGAGGACAGACUUGAGGCUCAAUCCUCCCGCCCACAUGUGGGCCACUGUACAUUCCUCCGUUCACCAGUGUUGGGGUGGGCAGGGUGUCGCCCCGCCCGCUUUAAUAGUUACCUGAUUGGUUGUAAAUACUCUUUUGGAAGAGGGAUCUGAACUAAUACGGACUAAGUACUUUUUGUGUGUUCCCGGUGUUCGGGAGAUUUCUUUUCUUCUUCUUCUUCUUCUGAGCGGCCAUCGGCAACAGAGUUUGAAUUUAAAUCCAGUGGAUUUGAGAUGAUAUUCCAUGAGUUGAAUGAAAAAAAUAUAUAAUCUGGAUCUUUUGAUUGUUAAAAAAGUAUUUGAUGAUGUUUUUGUAAAAUGACCCGCCCCCCUUCGGUUUCACUGUAGUUUGGGAGACAAUGUUGAAUUACUCCCAUUAAGAGCAUAAUUUAUUUUGGACUGUAGCCUAUCUGUAGCUUUUUUUUAUGUAUUAUUUAUUUACUUUCUUAAAUUCCUGAUCAAAACUAUGAAUAAAGUUUGUACUUGAGUUGUAACUGUUAAAACAUUGAAUAAGAUGGGAGCUAAAGCGCUGCGCUACACACAGAGAUGGCGGAUACAUCACUUUGAAUAUCCACUUUAGAAUUUGGCACCUUUUUGUCCUACGCUUGCAAUAAAAACCUUAUUUUUAAA